GAUUCAUUCUCUCUCGUUUCGUCGCAACUCUUUCUUUCCUGGCUACUGCUUUUCAUUUUUAUCUCUUUUUGUUCUCUUAAUUGCUCUUGGAGCUUUAAUUAAGAAUCUCAAUCGCCGGAGGGUUUUUUUUAAUUCCACUGAAUAUUGUCUACGUUUUGCGGCGAAUUGAAGUGAUUUCGUGUAGUUCUUGGAUAAGGUAGGAUUGACGGUUUAUGCUAUUCAAGUAGUACAGGAAGAAUGAAGGGCCAUGAAUCGAAGAUGCCAAGAAUGGAAGACAUUCUGAACCUUCCAGUGCAAGAUCCUCCUUUCGCAGACUUUUCUGCUGCUCAUAUAAAGUGGGUAAAGGUAGAAGGAGGUCGUCAAGGUGGUGAUGAUAUUGCUCUUAUCCCUUUUGCUAGAGUGGACGAUUUUGUGAAAGGAGAAUCUUCUCAUGCAGAAUGUCCUGCUAGCUUCCGUAUUGAAUCAAGGAGAAAGAGAACUGAAGGGAGCAUCAGCAAACCAAGAGUUGAUGGCUUUCUUGAAUAUAGACUAUACUGGUGUUCAUAUGGUCCUGAUGACUUCCGAGAUAGUGAGUCUAACAUGGGUGACGAUUCUAACAUCAAACCUACAAGUGGAAAGGGGAGCAGGCCAGGGAGGCGUCAUAUGAUGAGAGGUUGUCUUUGCCAUUUUACUGUAAAGCGUUUAUAUACCCGCCCACUCCUGGCUCUGAUCAUUUAUAAUCAAAGAAAGCAUGUGGACAAAACAGGGGCCCCAUGUCACGGGAUCCUUGAUCAGGCUGCUUUGGGAACAAGAGCUAUGUAUGCUCCACGAAUUUCUGAAGAAUUACGCCAGAAAGUUAUGUCUAUGCUUUAUGUUGGAAUAUCCCUAGACGAUAUAAUCCAGCACCAUGCAGAGGUGGUGCAAGGGCACGGUGGUCCUCACAACCGAGAUGAUUUUCUCACUCGAAACGAUGUUCGGAACAUGGAAAGGGUUGUUCGUAAUUCUUUGCAUGAAUUGCAUGAGAAUGAUGGAAGCAGUGUAAAGAUGUGGGUGCAGCGGCAUCCAAAACAUGUUUUCUUCUUCCAAGAAGCCUCUGGUGCAGAACCAUUUGUCUUGGGAAUACAAACAGAAUGGCAGCUGCUACAGAUGGUCCGGCUAGGAAAUAAUGGUUCUCUAGCUUCUCAUUCAACAUUUGGUUUGAAGAAAUUGAAGUAUCCUCUGUGCACUUUACUGGUUUUUGACUCUUCCCGGACUGCGAUUCCAGUUGCAUGGGUAAUAACCUCCUCUUUUGUUGGUCAAGAUAUCCAUAAGUGGAUGGAUCCUCUUGCUGAAAGAAUCCGAGUGAAGGAUCCUACUUGGAGACUAAAUGCCUUCUUAGUUGAUGAUCCUUCAUUUGAGAUUUCCAUUGUGAGAGAGAUCUUUCAGUGUCGGAUCCUAUUAUGCACUUGGCACAUUCGCCGUGCUUGGACAAAAAGUAUUUUAAAGAGGAGCUGCAACAUAGAUGUCCAGAGAGAGAUUGUUAAGCACUUGGGCUUGAUUUUGUACUCCACUAGAAGUAGACCAAAUACUAUGGAUGCGGUUGAGGAUUUCAUGCAAGUAUUUGUUGAUCAAUGUAGCUUCAUGGAUCAUUUCAAGAGCCAGUGGUUGCCAGUUAUAGAGUUUUGGGUUAAUGGCAUAAGGUCUCUUCCAGUAGCAAGUGUAGAGGCAUUGGCUGCAAUUGAGUCCUAUCAUCUGAGAUUGAAAUCCAAGCUUUCUGAUGAGAAAUGUACUAAUUUCUGGCAAAGAACUGAUUGGUUGAUCCACGCUUUGACCACUGAAUUUCACUCACUGUAUUGGUUAAAUCAAUACAUUGAAGACACCGGGAGUUUCACAAGUCUUAGGGAUGAAUCUUUCUCAAACAAUGCCUGGUAUCAGGCUCUGCAUAUCCCAGAUAUUGAUGUGAUUCUAGAUGAGCAUAAUCUCCAUCUUGCAAAAGUCAUCUCUCAAACUGAUAGAACCGCGGCAUAUACUAUUUGGAACCCUGGUGCUGAGUUUUCAUUCUGUGAUUGUCACUGGUCAAUGCUGGGAAAUCUCUGCAAGCAUGCAAUCAAGGUGGCAAUCUUAUGUAAAAGCCGCCAGGUUGCAAGGCCCUUGUUGGCUGCUCAAGUCUAUCGGCAGACUCUACUCUCCCUUCUGCAUAACACCCCUGAUGAUCCGUUGGUUCUUGAGCAUGCGAUUCUACAUGCAACUCGCUUGCAACAGGAUAUUAAAGGCUUAGAAGAUUUGUCUAAUAGCGGGCUUCUCCAUCCUUUAUCCUCUGAGAUAAACUACCAAACAACUGACAAUCUUAUGAUUUUUCCACGUUCCGCUGACUAGGACAUUGAAAAGGUAAUUGGUUGUUUGCAUAAUUCAUGGUUCUUACAGGUAUUUGAAUGAAGUUUUGUCGUUGAUCUGCUGGCAAAAUAGCUCAAGAUGCGUCGCAGUUCGCAUCGACACCUCUCCAGAUUCUGACAUGAAACCUUAAGACUCUUGACCUGUCACUGUGGAGUGAACGUGAUAUGCAGUUUUAAUAUGGUUGCUCAUCUUAAAAGGAAACUACCUUCUGUGCCAGACUCCUGUCACUACACGGUCCUCAGACUUCAAAAAAGAUAUCAAGAACUGGUAUCCGUCCAUGUACCUAGAAGAUUGGUGGCAUGAAGUAGUGUUUCAUCAAAAACGAUGUGACCAUAAAUUGUAACAAGUGAAGAAACAAGUUCAGCUGUGAUGGAAAUUUAAUGUUGGGUUU